GCAGGCACUAAGGUAAGUCGGAGGAAGCCCCGCCAAUCCCAUUCAUUGGUCUGACGUCAAUCAAUUCAUCUUCGUCAACACUCCACGACCAUCUCAAUGAAAUGAGAGUCGCCGCACUCCUGUUUCGGCAAAGAGGUCUCAACCCGAGACUAAGAGCGAAGGAUUUUCGAUCGGCUCACAUACGACCAGGCAUUCCAAACGCACAUCCAAGCAUCAUCGCCCGAACCAUGUCGACGGUCACACUGAAAGACAGCGGUAUCCAGGUCGAGCUGCCUAAUGGCCUAUCGGAAGACCAACUACUAGGUUUCCGACCAUUUAACGAUUGGGUCAAGGGCCUCAACAACUCCCUAAGCCUACAAGCCAAGAGCAAAGACCACCCAUUCCACGAAGACCCCUACCGCCUACGCGGCAUCACAGUUCAGGCCUUUGACAUCUUUGGAUCCGGCCGCGUCGGGUUCCUCAAGGUGAGGGCCGAUGUCAAGAAUGAGGCGGGAGAGGGUCUCCCAGCCAGCGUAUUCCUUCGCGGACCCAGCGUCGGCAUGCUGGUGAUGCUCAUCCCCGAUGACGCCCCGCCCGACAGCGAUGAGCGGUACGUCGUGCUGACGGUACAGCCCCGCGUGCCGGUCGGUAGUCUCUCAUUCGUUGAGCUACCCGCUGGCAUGGUCGACGACAGCGGUAGCUUCGCAGGCGCGGCGGCAAAAGAGAUCAAGGAGGAGCUUGGUCUAGAGAUCCACGAAUCGAAACUGACGUGCCUGAGCGAGCUGGCCGGCGCGGCCACAUCAUCUGGGAACGAAGCUGAUGAGGGCCUGGCAGAGGCGAUGUACCCCUCUGCCGGCGGCUGUGACGAGUUCGUGACGCUGUACAGCCACGAGAAGAGGAUCCCUCGCGAGCAAUUGAAGGAGUGGAGCGGCAAGCUGACUGGGCUGCGGGAUCACGGGGAGAAGAUCACGCUGAAGCUCGUGUCGAUGAAGGAUCUGUGGCGGGAGGGCGCGCGGGACGCAAAGUGUCUCGCGGCCGUGGCUCUUUGGGAGGGACUCCGGCGCGAGGGCAAGUUAUGAGUUAUGGCGGCACGAUGAAAGGGGUAACGAGUGUCAGGCAUGCAGCAUCAUCAUAGCUUGAAUUUCUUUGCUAACUCGAUGCCUUCGGCAAUGGUCCCCACGCGGGCAUCGAUGGCGUAGCCUUCCUUUUCCAGACGAACGCAUUCUGCCCAAAAGUUGGAGAGCGGCACGGUGAAGACCUCGAUGAAUUCUCCUUCUUCCAGCUCGGCCUUUGGGUUUUGGUUCUCGGGGAGGGAGGUGUCGAUGGUGACGUGGAUCAUGCGGAGGUUCGUGUUGCAGAAGCCGGGGUCUUGAAAGCAAACCGACGUGAGCUGCGCACGAGCUAAAGGGGAUGAAUGGGCCUAAUGGAAUAUAACAUACCAUUGAACAUGAUGGGAGUGGUC